CCACAGCCUCUCCCGCAGGCGGCUACGCUGAGUGUCCGCUGCGAUCCGCUCUAGAUCCCCGGCGGCCGCUGCACGGACGAGAUGGCGACCGAGAGGCGACUCCGACGCUUCUCCGCCGACGGCUGAGGAUUGACACUGUUCAAUCGCAUACCGUUGUAUAUUUCACACUAUGUGCUGAACGUCCAAGAUGUCUGAAAAUAUUUGAUAUUUUGAAGAUCUUUUUUUUGAUUCCAGUGGAAUCUAGAUUUUUUUUUUUUUUUUUUUAAGUUGAGCACACAGACGUUUCAGGAGAAGAGAUCCUAGGAGGCAGUGAGUGCCCCUGGCCCACCAGCCCGUUACAAUGCCCGUGCAAGCCCCACAAUGGACGGAGUUUCUAUCGUGCCCCAUCUGCACCCACACGUUCGAGCAGACCAUCCGGCGCCCCAUCAGCCUGGGCUGUGGCCACACCGUGUGCAAGAUGUGCCUGAACAAGCUGCACCGCAAGGCCUGCCCCUUCGACCAGACGGCCAUCAGCACCGACAUCGAGCUGCUCCCCGUGAACACGGCCCUACUGCAGCUGGUGGGAGGACAGGCCCCCAGACAGCAGCCUGUCUCCCUGCUGAGCGGCGCCGACGACACCAAGCACUAUGAGGAGGCCUGCCACUGCGUGGAGGAGUUGGCCCUCUACCUCAAACCCCUCGGCGGUAGCAGCAAAGGCCUGGUUCUGAGCAGCCCGGCCCAGAGCAUGCUGAGCCGGCCCAUGCAGCGCAAGCUGGUGACGCUAGUGCACUGCCAGCUGGUGGAGGAGGAGGGCCGUGUGCGGGCCAUGCGGGCGGCCCGCUCGCUCGGCGAGCGCACCGUCACCGAGCUCAUCCUCCAGCACCAGAACCCCCAGCAGCUCUCCUCCAACCUGUGGGCUGCCGUACGCGCUCGCGGCUGCCAGUUCCUGGGGCCCGCCAUGCAGGAAGAGGCCCUGAAGCUGGUGUUGCUGGCCCUGGAAGAUGGCUCGGCCCUGUCUCGCAAGGUCCUCGUUCUCUUCGUGGUGCAGAGGUUGGAGCCACGCUUUCCACAGGCCUCCAAAACCAGCAUCGGGCAUGUGGUGCAGCUCCUGUACCGCGCCUCCUGCUUCAAGGUAACGAAACGCGAUGAGGACUCGUCCCUCAUGCAGCUGAAGGAGGAGUUCCGCACGUAUGAGGCACUGCGCCGUGAGCACGACUCUCAGAUCGUGCAGAUCGCCAUGGAGGGGGGCCUGCGCAUCGCCCCGGACCAGUGGUCCUCGUUGCUCUAUGGAGACCAAUCACACAAGUCCCACAUGCAGUCCAUCAUCGACAAGCUCCAGACACCAGCAUCGUUUGCACAGAGCGUCCAGGAGCUGACCAUCGCCCUCCAGAGGACCGGAGACCCUGCUAACCUGAACCGCCUGCGGUCUCACCUCGAGCGUCUGGCUGACAUCGAUCCCAGCCCAGAUGCUCCACCCCCAAUAUGGGAGCAGCUUGACCAUGGGUUGGUGGCAGUGAAAACUGUGGUCCAUGGCCUGGUGGACUUCAUCCAGAACCACAGCAAGAAGGGGAAUGAUCAGCAACAGCCAUCCCAGCAUAGCAAGUACAAGACCUACAUGUGCCGGGACAUGAAGCAGAAGGGGGGGUGCCCCCGCGGGGCCAGCUGCACCUUUGCGCAUUCCCAGGAGGAGCUCGACAAGUACCGCAAGAUGAGCAGGCGCCCCCCGGCGCGGCGCCCCCACUGCUCAUCCCUGGUGCCGGGCGGUGAGUCGGUGCUCCCAGAUGAGGACGAGGCGGCCCGUGAUGCUCUGGCCCGGAAGUCGCCCGGCUUUAGCAACGGUAUCAUAGCAGCGGGGACCGGCUCGCCACUGCCACAGCUUAUAUCGCGGGGCCCCAGUUCCUGUGACCCAGGGCGCAAGCCGUCCAGGAUCGACGCCGGCAGCCCUGUUGCCCCGGGAUCGCCCCCGGACUGCCUGGAUCCCGUCCCCAAACCGCUGGUGACGAUGAACCACCACUUAUCGAACCAAAGGCUGGGAGGGCAGACCCUCACAGGCCACCGGCAGGUGCCCCUGGUCCACAGGGGGCCCCCCAUGUACCCGCAACAGCAGGCUGAGGUCAUCUACCCUGAGCCCCGGCCUCCAGGUUCUGCAAUGCAGUAUGACUCCUCCCAUUAUCCCGCAGGAACCCCCUAUCCCUACCAGCCCUCCCCAUAUCUCCCAAAGCGCUACAUCCGCAACUCCUCACAGGCCAGCGAGCCAGGCCUGCUUCCCUACCAGGACCCCUACGCAGGACCCUAUGUGUCGGAACGCCAGUAUACCACCCCCCAGUCUGGGCCUCAGUUUUCCACCAUGUUCCACCACUACGAUGCGCGGCGCCCACCCCCUACAAGCCAGUCCUACCUGCCGCGUGACGACCUGGUCCGCAUGAGUCCCGGCCCUGUUGAUGUCCCCCCACCGCCUCCUCCCCCUCCCCCUUCGACGGGAUCUGCAUACCUUCCGGAAUCUUCCCGGGAAUUGUACCCCUCGGAUACAUACUGCCCCGUGGGGCCUCACAUUCAGGUGCGACCAUGGGUGAAGCCCAACCCCCUACAGGACCCCUACAGUCGGCCUCAGCAGAGCCUGGGUUACUUGGUGCAGAGACGCAAGGAGCUGAUGGCCCAGCUGGAGGAGAGAGAAGUGAUCUCUCCUCCGCCCUUCGCCCCCCCCACAGCGCUGUCCCAUACGUUUCCCAACAACUAUCAGCGCAAGUACAUUGAGGAGAACUCGCAGGGCUUCGGGAAGUGUCCCGAGGCCGACUAUGAGAGCCAGUACUCCCCCUGGUCAUGUGACACCAUCAGCUCCUACAUCAGCACCAAGGAGAGCAAGUCCAAAGAGAACUUGACGGCCAGCGGCAUGGAGAUGAUGAAUUCGGACAGCAAAGGCUUGAGGGAGCCGGUGAUAGACCUGCAGCGCCGGUCGGCUGAGGCCAAAGACGACGACCCCAUCAUCCCAUUCGGGCCGCAGCCCACGGUCUCCCGAUUCGGGGCCAUCUCCCGGACCUCCAAGACGGGCUACCAGACCACCGGGCCCAUCCAGGCCAUGGCUUCCUCUCAGGGGUCGGCCGCGAAACACCUCACGUUCGCUGCCGACUACACCUACGGGAACCACGGAGCCUGGGGAGGCAGCGGCUCUUACGCUCAGCACCAAAACGUCGCUUCUCAGGGACACUUCAGUGAGCGCCCCCCCAGUCUUCCCACCCCCACUCCAGACCGGGAGCUGCUGAAGAUGGAGCUGCGGCAGGUGAACGAGCAGAUCAGCCAGCAGACGCAGAUGCGGGGUCUGGAGGCUGCCAGCAACACCCUGCUGCUGCAGAGGGAGGCAGGCCCGUUAGCUCCUUCCCCCGGUCCCGGGGACUGGCCUGCUGGAGGCCUGUCCAGUGAGCAGCUCAGCCUGGAGCUGCACCACGUGGAGCGAGAGAUUGGCAAGAGGACCCGGGAGAUGGCGCUGACGAUGGUAUCGAAAGCUAGCAGGCGAAGCAAGUGCCGACUUGCCUCUCUCCUUCAGGAGAACCACCUGUCCCAUGAGAUGAAGUUUAAGAUGAAGCCCUCGGAGAACGGGCAGGCAGAGCACGACGGCCAGCGCGAGGACGUGCCCCUGGGCCUCGGUGAGGUCUCCAAUGGCUCGAGCAGCCUGCCCCAGGACAGCAGCGUCUCCUCCCUGGCCAGCAGGACGUCCUCCCUCAGCCUGGCCAGUGACCUGGGGGGCGGCUCCUCGGACCUGCAGAAGAAUGGCGUGGUGCACUCCUGCUCCUAGUCCCUGGUCCAGCGGCCUCCCCCCUAUGCCAACCCUCGCUUUACAGCCCGCUGGCGGUGACGAUCGGCAGUUCCCCCCCCCAGCCCCGUUCACCAUACCCGCCCCCCGUUCCCUCAGACCCGGUGGCGUCUCUAUGGAAGGGAGGCCUGGAAGCUUCCGGAUCCCCAGCCUCAGCUGCGAAAGGCCGUUUUAGGCUUUCAGCAGCUGCAGAGUAGACCUGCCUUAGAUACAUCGUCGAAUUGGGGGUCACCGCUUGCGUUAUAUUUGCAUAUGGGGGUGGGGUUAUGUAAAUGACCUCUGUGGAUUUAGACCGCAGUCAUGCAAGUGCACAGAAGCCUUUAGAAGAAAGCAGCAUCUGCAGUGUAUUUCAUAUCUACUUUUUGUUCUAUGAAUGAUUUUUUUUUUUGAACUCAUUGCAUUGGAUGGUCGUUCGCUAAACUGAUAUUUAAAGUAUUUUUAGGUUAUUCAGAAAGCCGCCAGAAUAGGUCAAACUAGAAAACAAACACGAGGAAAGUGAAGCUUGUAAGCAAAUUUCUUGGCGAAGUGACGUGUUCACCUACUUGGGUGUUUGCCGGAGUCACGGCAGUAGUGGGGGUCUGACACCUGCAAAGGCUACUUUCUCCUGUGGUUACUUGUCAGUCCCGAAUAUGCCUGACUUCUGGUUCGAAGCGUUUGAGGGUUCAGUUUCUGACAGCAGGGGAAACCCCGUUCAGGGUGACCCUCUUGGGGCUCAUGUUGCUGAUUAGGGGGGUUUACUCUGGCACAGGCCUUACCUGGUACCUGUGUUAACAGUUUUGUUUACUGUUUUUUUGUCUAAAAAAAGUGACUUCGAGGCAUUUGGAGAAUUUGUGGGGUUUAUACAACAUGAAUGUUUUUAAAGUUACAAAUUAAUGUCUUAGUCUGUUUUCCGGUAUCAUUGGACUACACUGAAGGCCUCUGGUUUCCAGGUUGGGCCUAUGUUCUCCGUGGUUCCUCCGCUAACUGGGUGCCGUAUAAAGGAGCUGGAUGGGAGGCUGUCCUCCCUGUUUCAUACUUCCACAGUAACUCUGGGUCGCUCUGGGUGUAGGGCCACCACACCUCCUGUAGCAUCCACCUCUAGAGAGGCAGAACAGCCAGAGAAAACUACUAUUUCAUAUUGAAUUUGAGCCGUCGCUGUGUUCGGCGGGACUGGGAGGGAAAGGCCGUGUCGUGCGUCUUGGCAUUCGAGCCUUUGUUUCUCGUUUGGUUUUAUUGCAAACUUUUUGUAUUAAGGAAAAAAUAUAUUCCACAAUUUUUAGGCGCAAACCUCCUGUUGACAAAAUGGUGGACAGAUCUGUCUCUCAGAACCCAGGCUGUCAGGGGUGUAGCAGUGACGCGGGGACGCACUGGGACAUUCUGUUAUUAAGAAUGCCCAGUUAGGAGAUCUCGGUGGAAACCUGAGCUGCACGCCAGCGGCCCUGCACUGCUAUGUUCACAGGAGUUCUGUGGCCUCAUUUUGUCAACAGGUGGAAACAAACGUUAAAUUUAACGUUAACUUCUAUGAAGUUGUUAAAGAAUGUUAAUCUCUGCGCUGGGAGGUGUCUGAGGGAGUGUGGUGGGACCAGGGUUCCCCUUUCACCAUACACUGUACCCACUGGGUCUCUGAAAUUAUGCUUGCCAGUACUUUCCCCACAAUUUAAUGACCGUCUUCCAGGAAGGAAAAAGAUCUGACUUCCAGCAAAUCUUUAAUAUUUUUUAAAUGAUAUAUUGCUGUGGAAAUACUUUACAUUUUAUAUCCCAAGAAUUUCACAUUGUUUAAUUACAAACACCUGAUACUUCUGUUUUAAUCUAAAGGAUUUUUUUUUUAUACAACUGUUGUCCGGGAAGUAAAAGUAACAUAAAAAGAAAUCUAAGCUUAUUUCACUGCUGAGCAUUUUUCCGGCAAAUGUUAUGCUGUGGCACCAUAGAUCUGGAUGCCCAGAAAAAGGCUGAAAUUCCUAAUCUUCCCAUGUCUUCUCAUGCCCUGCUCCAGUCCGGGAGUCUGACAUUACUGGAGAAAUCAGUCGAGUGUCUGCAAUAUUCUCCAAAGGAUUUGUUGGCUUUGUACAGGUUGAGCUUCAUAGCGGCUGUGGUUUUCUCAUUCUGUCUGUUGUACUCAAGAGAUCACAGCUGUACAUAAAACCAUGGGGGAUCCUUUCCAGGAGUUAGGAAAACUGGCAGUGUAAUCCAUCUGUUCCACAUUAAUAAGAAAUAUUCCCACAAAGAGGAAAACGGGAACCCCCCCCCCCCCCCCCAAAGAAUAAUGCAAGCAUACUGAAGUUCUGGCUUUAUGACGGGAUUAUAAUUCUUUUUCCAUCCUGAUGGCUUUGGUCAGAGCAGGUUUGGACAGUAGCAGGCAGUGAGGAUAGUGGAGUGUAAACGCAGAAUGUUUCUCCAAGCGGACGCUCGCUCCUAAGCUUGUCUGCAGACCUUUUGGUGGGUGCUUGCUUGCUUGCUUGCUCAUUCCUCGUAUUACUUAUGAAAGUACUGUAAGUCCCAGGACUCUCUCCCCCCCCUAUAUUUUAAGAGAAAUUAAUAUCACCUUGCAUUAGUCAUUCUUGACAUACUUGUACUUCAGAUAUUGUGAGGGUCACCAUGAUGUUAAGGUAAAUGUCUGCGUUCUUCACUGUACCCCCCCAUGCAGUCACCCAGUAGGGUACGGGGCUUUCGGUUUGUUCAGUGCAGGUUGCCUUGGGUGAGGUAGUGCUCAGUGAUUUUCAGUGUGUCGCUGUUUGGCAGUUCUCUGCCUGCCUUUGUUGGGGGGGAUGGGGUCGCUUUCAGGUCUGACGUGAGGAUGCAGGGAUUCCCAGUGGCGACGCAAUUCCCUCCCCACAUUGCCGCCUUUUCUCCUGGUCUGCCUCCACCGUAACACGAGUAGACUGAUGUACAUUUUUGCUACAUUAGUUGUCUUAAUUGGCACAUCCACCAAUGCCCUUUGUACGUUACUCCUUUUUGGUUACUUUGUUUACUUCUCUAUACUGGUCUUUGGAGACGGUCUGUGAUCUUAAAGCACCUACUAUGGUGGAACCAGUUGAUAUAUGUGUACCGUUGCUUAAUACAUUUACAGUUGUGUUUAUGCUCGUGAAAGAGUUUCGGACGUCUAAGCAAUCGCCAAGAUUGGGCACGGAAGAGCCUUGACAGACAUGGCCGCCCCCCGGAAGGCCGGCUGCUUUCUGCGAGCCGCCCCCAUCCCAUCUCUAAGCUGCUGUUUCAGCACCAUCCUUUGGGUUUCAAAUUCUGAAGCAGUGACCUCCCUUGUCUGGCCUCGGCUGACUUUCCUUUCGGUUGUGUGCCUGACUUGUUCUUCCUCCCAGUUCAACUUUUCCGGUCUUGAAAGUGUCAUGCACCCCUGUGACGAUUCUCCAUUUGUUACCUUUUAACUAAUGUGCUUUUAAUCCAGUCGGUGCGAGAACAGGCCUCACUCCCAACAUUAAUAUCCUCUCUCGUUCGGCCGCGCGGAUCCCUUCGCGUUUUCGACGUGCCUUUCUCACGGGCCGAUGGCGAUUCGUUAGUUUGCGUUUCGUUCCCCGGGGCACAGCACUCCAAUGCAGGGCCGCUUCCCCAUUUGCUUCGAGUCUGCAUUUAUAUUAAAUGACCUCUAUGGAUCGGUAACGCGAAGAUCUGUCAGAGAACUGCUUACCAAUGCUGAGCUGAUUAUCGCUUACUAUUUCUAAGGUGAAGAUCUGCCUUGGCAGCAAUUACAAUGUGUUUAUGUGGCUGUUUUUUCAACUGCUCAGAAAAAACCAUUGGCAUUUUUAAAAAUUGGUCUUUUUUCCAGUAUUUAAUACCUCACCGCGACUCAUUUAACUAGGGUUAUAUAAAUAUACCUGCACAUAAUUCUCAUUUUUAUUACCUUUUGAAGUUUGCAAUUAAUUCAGGGAUUAAAGAUUUUAAAAAAUGUUUUGUAAUUAAAAAUGUGUGGGAAUUUGAACAUGCUUGAGUUUAAGUCCUCACGUUGCUGAGCAGGUUUUAAGUGGUUUAGCAAUUUCUAAUUUUUGUAUAUAUCUUACUGGCAGAUGUAACUGAGCACUGGAUUCACCGUUCAUCUUUAAGCCCCACCCCACCACGGAAAGGCUGCGGUCGGCACCAGUUCUUCCUGAACAUUGUAACUAUGUAGCUCCGUGACGACGUCUCGUCAGCGAUAAGCCAGAUUCCUGAUCCUCCUGACUCUCAGGACGCUGCCUUGAUCAUUGAUCCCUGAUGGAAACACGUUUGAGAUUCACUCCAUUUUGAAAAUGGAUUCUCUCCUGGUCUCACUGCUUUCACUAGCCACGCACAGACACACACAGCUUCCCCGCACCGGUCACUCAAUCUGGUGAGCGGUCUGACAGGGGUGCCCCCCCCCCCCC